AUGAGUAAGAACUCUGCCAGAGUCAAAGCAUGGAGAGUGAAUGCAGCGGUCGCAGAGCUGCCGUACGCAAUCUGCGUUAGUGGACCAUCACACGUCCACUCCAGCAUCCCUGCAACUUCAGCCAUGAGUUUGCUUCACUUCUCAACCCUUCUGGCAGUCGCUCUUCUAGUGCGGGCUCAGACGCAGCUUUUGCGGGGCUCCUGCAGUUUUGAGUCGGACAGCUGCGGCUACACGUCUGAUCCCGCUUAUGCUGCCUGGACCAUCAACCAGGAAGGCCGCUUCAUCAUAGCGGAGUCCUCAUCUUUUGGUGAGAAAGAGAAGUAUGUCCUAGUCAGCCCAGAGCUUGAGCUCAGAGACUGGAGCUGUGUGCGGUUGGUCUAUCAGAUCUCAGGCUCAGGCUCUCUUCAACUGCACUUACGACCCGAGGGUGAGAACUUUGACUACACUUUAUGGACGGCGGACAAACCCUCAGACAGUUGGCUCAUUGCCAGUGUGGACAUCCGCAAUAUGUCUGGGGCUUACCAGCUAUUAUUUGACGCUAAACCCAGAAGAGGAAUGGGAAAUAGCAUUGCUCUUUUUGAAAUACACAUCAUCCCUGGAUACUGUAUAGAGUGCAACUUUGAGGAGCACCACUUGUGUGGCUACAGUAAUCAGUGGAAUCCCAAUGUGAACUGGUAUGUGGGUGGGAGUUUGGCCCGGGACCCUCAGUCAAACCUUCCAGAUGACCACACCAUGAACAAUGAGAGAGGUCACUACAUGUAUGUGGACUCAGUUUAUGCUAAAAGGUUCCAGGAGGUGGCCAAGUUGGUGUCGCCAAUGACUAUCACUUCAAUGGCAGGGUGCUUGUCCUUUUACUAUCAAAGGGACCAAGCCAUUGGGAAUUUCUUCUCAGUCUUCACUAAGGACCAGCUGGGCCACUAUGAUGAGAUAUGGAGGCCUGAUGUGUAUGCGACAACAGAUUGGAAGUUAGUGCAAGUGGAUAUUAAGGCACCACAUCCUUUAGAGAUGGUGUUUGAGGUGGCGUUCAACAGUCCUCGUGGUGGCUAUGUUGCUUUGGAUGACAUUUCUUUCUCCCCAGAAUUUUGCCACACAGAGACAGGCACUGUUGGCCGUUUCAGCGACACUGUUGAGGACUUUGCCCAGCAGUUCUCAGCAGUCCAGAAGCAGGAGGAGGCCAUCAAGCCUAUCUUGCCCCGGCGUGAUACUGCAGCCACCGUGUCGCCACGGGGCUGGCCUCCAGUCUGCUCAUCGUCAAAGGCAUCCCCUUUGGUGUCUACAUUUGCUCCAGUGCAGGCUGCUAUUACACCUCAGCUUGUAACGUCAAGCUUCCACAGGCCCGGGCCCCAGGUGGCCGCUAAGCCCUCCAAGCGGACAGAGAAGCGGCCCUGGCAUGGGCAACCCAGAGAUGGAGGGGACUGCUCUUUCCCAGGAGGUGGUGACGGGUAUGUGGGUCAUCUUUUUGGACCGUCCCUACCAGGGAACCAUAAAUACUGCCUCAGGUUCUACUAUGCCCUGCAUGGCUUCAUGAAAAUAGAUAAUGCUCUGGCUCUCUAUGUCUAUGAUGAAAACAACAUAGCUCAGGAGAAAAUCUGGACUGUGUCUGAGAGGUCUAAAGAUGUUUGGACAGAGGUGGAAGUCACAUACCUAAAGCCCAUGCCUGCUAAGGGUCUUUUCUCUUGGCCAACACUCGUCAUACCUCUCGUCCAGGGGUCUUUUCUCUUGGCCAACACUCGUCAUACCUCUCGUCCAGGGUAUGUGGGUCAUCUUUUUGGACCGUCCCUACCAGGGAACCAUAAAUACUGCCUCAGGUUCUACUAUGCCCUGCAUGGCUUCAUGAAAAUAGAUAAUGCUCUGGCUCUCUAUGUCUAUGAUGAAAACAACAUAGCUCAGGAGAAAAUCUGGACUGUGUCUGAGAGGUCUAAAGAUGUUUGGACAGAGGUGGAAGUCACAUACCUAAAGCCCAUGCCUGCUAAGGUAGCAUUUGUCAGCAUCUGCAGAAACUUCUGGGACUGUGGGCUUGUGUCUCUCGAUGACAUCUCAGUGACCCUUGGUGACUGUCGGGUUACUACAGGCCCCUUGAAUCCACCUCCUGGACAUUGUAACUUUGAAACUGGGGACUGCGGCUAUACCCAGAAAAAGAAAGCUAAAAAAGGACAUUGGUUACGGAUCAGGGGACAUACACCCACGUCUUACACAGGACCCAAGGGUGACCACACCUUAGGGGUAGGCUACUACAUGUACAUUGAGGCGUCUCACAUGUUACCCAAGCAGUCGGCCCGGCUCAUGUCCACCGAGCUGAGGGGUUCAUCUGGACCUCAGUGUCUGAUCUUCUUCUACCACAUGUAUGGCUCAGGCACAGGAACUCUAAGCGUCCUGCUGCAUAAGGGGGACAGGGAGAGAUUGCUUUGGACAAGACAAGGAGAACAAAGUGUGUCCUGGAUGAAGGCCACGGUGGAUUACGAGUGUUACACAAGGCACUGGAUUAUAUUUGAAGGUAUCAGAGGAUCCUCAAUAAGGAGUGACAUUGCGAUCGAUGAAAUUGUGUUUAAAAAGGGUCCGUGCAAUGAUCCUGGAGACAGCAUCUCAUACUCAGGAUUUUCUGAAAAUUUUAAUGAAAUUGAGUACUGAGCGAGGCCCAGGAAUGCUGAUAUGUGUUUGUUUUUAUUUGUGUGUCACUGGGGACGGGGAGACUGGGAGAGAGAAAAGAACAUUUGUUACCUAGACUCAACAGUGUUCUGCAGAGUCUGCCCAUGCACGACUACAUGGAAAGACACACGCUUCAUUGUUCUUUUAUAGGUGGUAUGAUGUGUCUAGUUUUUUAUAUAGCCUGGUGUUUUUGAAUCAUUGAGAAAGCUUGGGGAUUGUCUUAUUUUUGUGUAUUAGAAAACAUCAGAAAAUAGUUUUAAUUUUUGUAAUGUGUUGACAUUGCUUAGCAGCAUGCUGCUAGGUAGCAAAAAUUUCCGAUUUCUAUUUGCUGAGGUGAACUUUUCUUGUUUGUUUUUACACUGAUCAGUGUCCAGGGUGAAAACAGGUUUGGACUAAUGACAAAGUUCAGGUCAUGGGUUGUAUACAUUCUCAC